AUGGGGAUUGUGCAGGAAGCUCACAACGUCAAGGUCUUGGGCGCCGGCGAGGAGACCGUCGUGCUGGCUCAUGGCUUCGGCACCGACCAGUCCGUCUGGAAGCACCUGGUGCCGCACCUCGUCGCCGGCUCCCGAGUCGUCCUCUUCGACAACAUGGGCGCCGGCACAACCAAUCCCGAUUACUUCGAUUUCGACCGCUACGCCACGCUCCAAGGCUACGCCUACGACUUGCUGGCCAUCCUGGAAGAGCUUCAAGUCUCAUCGUGCAUAUUCGUCGGCCACUCCGUCUCCGCCAUGAUCGGCGCCAUCGCCUCCACCAGUCGUCCCGACCUUUUCACCAAAAUUGUCAUGAUCUCUGCUUCUCCGAGGUACUUGAACGACGUUGAUUACUAUGGGGGGUUCGAGCAAGAAGAGCUAGAGCAGCUGUUCGAGGCGAUGCGAUCCAACUACCAAGCGUGGUGCUCCGGCUUUGCGCCGCUGGCGGUGGGCGGCGACAUGGAGUCGGUGGCGGUGCAAGAGUUCAGCCGGACCCUGUUCAACAUGCGGCCGGACAUAGCCUUGAGCGUGGCCCAGAUCAUUUUCCAGUGCGACGCCCGGAGCUUGCUCCGCCAUGUCACCGUCCCCUGCCACAUCAUACAGAGCGUCAAAGACUUGGCGGUGCCGGUGGUGGCGGCCGAGUACCUCCACCAGAACCUCGGCGGCCUGUCCGUCGUCGAGGUCAUGUCGACGGACGGCCAUCUACCGCAGCUCAGCUCGCCGGACAUUGUCAUCCCGAUCAUCCUCCGCCACAUCCACCAAGAUAUUGCCGUUUGAUUUUUCCAGAAACUAGAAAAUUAACAUAGAGAGGAUGGAGUAUAUCUUCUUCCACUCAAUACCCUUGAAUGAUUUUGACAGAUUAUUAGAUGAACAGUCGAAUGUUCUGAGGCUCUCUAUAGUUUAUUAUAUUAUAUAAUAACCAGUAAUUAAGGGGUGAUUGCCAAAUUAAUAACAACCUAAUUACCAUUA